GUUGCUUCAUCUCUCCAAUGAGGGAACUUAAAGCUUAAAGUUUUGUAACAGAACGUACACUGGUACUUAGGACCCACCUUUCACAGUCUGCCUGCCUGACUUCACAAGUCUCUUCAAUAAACCCUCAGUACAAACAAAAUGGCAGACCCAUGGCGGGUUGCAUACGAAUUUGCUGUUCAAGUAGCAAGAGCGGCUGGAGCGGUAAUUAGGAAAGCCACAGAAGAUGAAAUAAAGGUAUCGACAAAGAGCACCACCGUAGACCUUGUCACUAAGACUGAUGAGAGGGUGGAGAAGAUCAUCAUCGGGUCUCUCAAAGCAGAAUUUGGAGAAAAACACUGUUACAUUGGAGAGGAGUCAGUAGCAGAGGGGAAACCAUGUGUUUUAACUGAUAAACCUACAUGGAUUAUAGACCCUGUGGACGGCACCACAAACUUUGUGCAUGGAUUCCCUUUUGUGGCAGUCUCUAUUGCCUUUGCUGUCGAUAAGAAGCUGGAGUUUGGCGUGAUCUACAGCUGCUUGGAAGACAAGAUGUAUAGAGCAAGGAAGGGGAUGGGAGCUUUCUGUGAUGAUGUGGCAAUUGAGGUGUCGGAUGUAAAAGAUAUCACCAAGUCCAUUAUCAUCUCUGAGCACGGAACUGACAGAAGCAAAGACAAGGUGACCAAGAUCUUCAACACCAUGCAGAAGAUUCUGUGCAUCCCAGUGCAUGGGCUCCGCGGGUCAGGGACAGCUGCCACCAACAUGUGUCUGGUGGCGACAGGGGCCGUGGAGGCCUUCUUUGAGAUUGGGAUCCACUGCUGGGACAUUGCUGCUGGUGCAGUUAUUGUCAAAGAAGCCGGAGGAGUGCUACUGGAUGUCGACGGGGGAGAGUUCGAUUUGAUGUCUCGGAGGAUGGUUUCAGCAAACAACAGGGUUAUUGCUGAGCGGAUCAUCAAGGAAAUUGAAAUAUUCCAAGUGUCGAGGGACGACGAUCCGGUGUCGAAGUAAUGAGAAGAUCCAAAUGUGUUUCAGAACAAGGAAAAGAGGAAAAAUUCACAUCUUUUGAUGUAUGCCGUCAAUAAAGCUAUUGUGGUCACCA